CUUUCCAGCAACACAUUAGGAAAAUCACGGACUGAAUCGGCUCCUGUGCUUCGAUCAGUUUCUGAUUACUAUCCGCCUUCACACUCACCGCAGCCGCCGCGGCAAUGGGAUCUCUGCACGGCCCGUCAUCGGGGCUCUCACUCGAGGGUGAAGUGCUGCUGGUGUGCAUCCCGACGGAGCCAAAACUGGAGUGGGUGACUGCCAUGGAAGAGAGAUAUCCGGGGCUCGAGAUCCGAUGGGUGGACCGUGACUGGUACCUCGACACCAAUGUCUUUGCCAGCGGGACUCUGAACCUACCCGCGGGUUUGUACGACGGUGUCACUAUGGUUAUGUCCUUCAUGCCACCCAAGCCAGAGGACAUGAAGCGCGUCCGGUUUGUGCAGCUCACUUCGGCCGGCGCCGACCGCUGGGUCACCCACGACGUUUACAGGGAUCCAAACGUCAUGUUCUGCACUGCCAACGGUAUACACGCCACGCAGAUAUCGGAAUGGGUCAUCGGCACGUGGUUGAUGGCGCAGCACCACUUCCUGCGGGCAAGCAUGCUCAUGAAGCAGGCUCGCUGGGCUCCAGCUGAGGAGUUCCACCAGACUGUGGACAGUCCUGGAUUGCGCAUGGGCGUCCUCGGGUACGGCGCCAUCGGCCGGCAGUGCGCGCGCGUGGCGAGCGCCAUGGGUAUGGAGAUAUACGCAUACACACGUACGGAGCGAAGCACGCCCGAGGCGCGGAGGGACGACUCGUACCACAUGCCCGGCACGGGCGACCCGGACGGACUGAUCCCGGCCCGCUGGUUCCACGGUGUGGGCCGCGAGGCCGUCAACGAGUUCCUGGCCCAGGACCUCGACCUCCUUGUCGUCAGCGUCCCGCUCACAGAUUCCACCCGCAAUCUUCUGGGGCGGGAGCAGUUUGACAUACUGGAUAAAGGACGCCUAUCGGACGCCUUUCGUCCCAAGAAUGGCAAUGGGUCGCACCCUGACGGUCAAAUCAAUGGGAAGAAUGGAAAUGGGAACCAUAACAACGGUCACGUUGGUGGGAUCAAUGGCAACGGGGUGCUCCCGAAUGGAAAUGGUCUCCUUACCAAUGGACACACUAAUGGCUAUAGCAAUGGCACCAAUGGCACCAACGGCACCAACGGCAUCAAUGGCAACGGGCAGCAGCAGCACACAAAGAACAGCCACGUCAACGGCAAUAGGACCACCCGCCAUGGCGGCAAAAAGACGUUUGUCUGCAACAUCGCGCGGGGCGGCAUCAUCGACACGGCGGCGCUGCUCGAGGCGCUCGAGCGCGGCCAGAUCCGCGGCGCCGCGCUCGACGUGACGGAGCCCGAGCCGCUGCCGCGCGACCACCCGCUCUGGCGCGCGCCCAACGUCUUCAUCACCCCGCACGUCAGCUGGAUCACGCCCUGCUACUGGGACCGCCUGCUCCGGAUCCUCGAGGGGAACCUGGACCGCCUGCGCGAGGGCCGGCCCUUGCUCAACCUGAUGAACCGCAAGGAGCAGUAUUAGAGCCAUGUCUUUCUUUUGUGCUUUCUGGUGCUUGAAGGGUUGUUUACGUUGGUCGCUUCCAGUUUGCUGCUAUAUUUUCUAGUGCUAUCCACCAUAUAAUUAAACAGGACUCGAUGAGGGUUAAGAGAAGAGGCAUGGAAGCUAUAUUGUGGUGGGAGCAGAUAGUAUGAAGUAAUUACCUACUUAGCCACCACCUCGGUUCUAACAGUGGGUUUUUGGCAUUUCAGUUCGUAUCCGCAUGUUCCCAGAAUCAC